UAUUGCAAGAUGUUGAGAAGUUUACAGACAUCGAAAAACUCUACCUCUACCUUAAGUUGCCUUCUGGUCCCAGCAGUGGCAAUGACAAAAGUGACCAGAGUUCCAUGUCGUCGAGCCGUACUCAACAAAUGUAUGCUUUCAACUGGAUUCGGAAUCACCUAGAAGAGCAUCCAGAGACGUCCCUUCCAAAGCAAGAAGUUUAUGAUGAAUACAAGAGCUAUUGUGACAAUCUUGGCUACAAUCCACUGAGUGCUGCAGACUUUGGGAAAAUCAUGAAGAAUGUCUUUCCCAACAUGAAGGCGCGUCGACUGGGCAUGAGGGGGAAAUCCAAAUAUUGUUAUAGCGGGUUAAGGAAGAAAGCUUUUGUGCACAUGCCAUCUUUACCCAACCUGGAUCUCCAAAAAUCUGGUGAUGGGUGCGAGUUAAUGGAGCCCAGUGGUCAGUCCCCGAGUGCAGAGGAUGAGAUGCGGUCGGCGGCUUGUGGGCUUGUUUGUGAGUGGGCACAGAAGGUCCUCAGUCGUCAGUUUGAUAACGUUGAGGAUUUGGCCCGCUUCCUUCUCAACAGCCACUACAUCGGUACAAAGUCUAUGGCAGCACUUACUGUAAUGACGGGAACACCAACAGGAAUGAAAACGCCAACUCCAGCAUCCGCGUUUGUGCCCACAGCAGAGGCAAACUCUUUCCAGCCUCAGGUGAAGACCCUGCCCUCUCCCUCCGUUGACGCAAAGCAGCAGCUUCAGAGAAAGAUCCAGAAGAAACAACAAGAACAAAAACUGCACUCCCCUCUGCCCAGUGACGCCCAGGUGAAGAGGACAGAGGCCAGUACUCCCGGCCCAACCAUCCCCUGUGGCAGCCCCGCUCUGCUCUCCCCUCAGCCAACCAUUGGCAUUGUAGUAGCAGCAGUCCCCAGCCCAGUCACGGUACAGAGAAAUAGGCAACUGAUGACCUCACCCAGCCCUGUUGGGACAGCAGAAGGGAAAGUGUUGCCUGUUAACUUCCAAGUCGUUACACAAUCUAUCAAACAAUCACCCAAAACGCCUCAGAAUAUUUCGGCCAGUCCUGUGGGUGACCGCCUGGCACGACACGGGACGAGGUACGCUCAAAUCCUGCCCAAACCCUCCGCCACCAGCGCCAUCACCCUGCGCUCCCCUCCCACGUUACUCAUCACCAACAGCCCCAUAAAGACUGUAAUGCCCACCCCCCACGUUAGCUCAGUCAAUGUGGUGAAGAUGACGGCCAUCGCUCUGGCUCCUAGCAGCAGCAGCACAACUGUGAGACCAGCCUCAGCUGGAGUCAACACCACUGCAGCAUCUGAGGAUUCACAGCCACAUCAGCCACCUGCCGUCAGAACGAGCAUUGCACCUUCAACUUCUGCUCUCUGCACUGACCCAAAGCCUGAACCUGGAGACAUACCUGCUACAGAGAAAAUGGCUGUGAAAGAGGACAGAGUGGCCAAAUUUAGAGCAGCCAGUGAACCGAGCUUCCUGGUGAAGUGUUCCCCGGGACCAGACAAAGGAGGGAGGCUAAAAAGUGACUCCAUAUCCUCUGCUUCUGUAGCUGGGACUCAGGACAGCAAUAACAGUAACUGCCAUGACAGUACCUUGUAUUUGACUGUUGAUAAUCAGAACUCCAAUGGCAACACGUCCGCCAAUGGCUCCUCUGCUGUUUCUCAUGCACUCAAAGACUCUUGCCCAGACACCAAGAGCCCCCGAAAGCGCACAGGCCCGGGCGGAGAGUCGCCUGUGAUUCCUGUCAAAAGGGUUUUCAUCUCCCAGCAGCCUCUGGCUGUAGUCGACAAUCCCAAACCUGGUGUCAGUGCUGCAGUGAAGAGGAUCCCCCGCCCAGGAACACCCGCCCGACCAGAGAGUGCCCCCUGUAAAGUGACUGUGAAGCAAAGCCCCAUAGGACCUCCACAGAUUCUUGCACUGUCCGAUUCGCCCAUCACCCACACUCCGACUGUUGUUAAGCCACAGGCCUUGGUUUUGGUGAAGCCUGAACAGGGCUCUCUCAGCAGUAAUGCCACUGCUGCUGCCGCUGGGAGCUCCGCUGUUGACCAGGCUUUACUGCAGCAGAUCACUGGAGACCCCCGUGCCAUACCAGCCAACUCAGGAGCACACGACGCCUCUGCAAUGAGUGACCUAAAGAGCACAAUCUGGGAGGAGGGACAGCUUGAUGAGCUUCGGAAACAAGCGUUUGCUCAACAGAUACCAGCAGAACACAAACAAGCCCCCACUGACCAGCUUUCCAUUAUAUCUCAACCUGCAGAGGCCUCAGGCCAGCUCACUCUGACACAGGAGAUGGUUGACUUUGCAGGUUCUCAGUCCAACAUGGACUACUUUCCCUUCAAUGAUGAUGACAUGACACAAGAUAGCAUUGUGGAGGAGCUAGUCCAAAUGGAGGAGCAGAUGAAACUGAAAGGUUUGUUCGGUGGUUGUGUUGAAGUGGCACUUCAAGGCCAGACCCAAAAUAAUCAGACCUCAAUACUUAAUACUCAUCAGACAGGCACUACCUUCUACCACUCUGCACACAGCAGCACCACUCCUGUUCAGACACCCACCCCAACCCCUACGCCCACUCCGACACCCACCCCCACGUCAGAGAUGACAUUGGCACACACGCUGACCAGAGAGAGCCCCUGCUCUCGUAUGGCCCCCAUCACACCUGUAGACAGCUCCAUGGGUCGCCACACACCAAUCAGCACACCUCUGUCCAACUGCAGCAGUAGUGUGCCUCCCAGUCCAGUCGAGUGCAGGAACCCUUUUGCUUUCACACCCAUCAACUCCAGUAUGACAGGUUACCAUGAUGCCAGUAUUGUGUCCAGUAGUCCGGUUAAACCCAUGCAAAGGCCAAUGGCGACACACCCAGACAAGGCCAAAUUAGAGUGGAUAAACAACCGUUACAACAGCAGCACUAGUUCAGGGCCCGUGAACAACCAUAGCAUUGGCAUUCUGCCUAGUUACCAAGACCUGGUAGAUGACCAGUUUCGCAAGCCACAUGCCUUUGCUAUCCCAGGCCAGUCAUUUCAAGCACAGUCCCGACAGGAUGCUGCUCACCUUGGACGUUUGACCCCAAUCUCUCCUGUUCAGCAACAACAGCAGCAGCAACAGCAGCAGCAGGCAACAGGUGUCACCACUCCCACUAAACAGGAGAGCUUUGCUGUCCCCGCCCCUUUGGAUAACAAAGUUUCCACCUCCUCUGCAUCCAGUACUUUCCGUUGUCGAAGUGUUAGCCCUGCAGUUCGACAGAGGGACUCUGGUGGUAAUUCUGGCCCUCCCACCACACCCACCAACACAGCCUCAACAGCACGAGCCGUUGUGUCACCCUUUAGCUCCCCCAUCACUUCUGAGGUGCUAAGCAUCCUGUCCAACUCACAGGCAGUCAGCUCGGUCCACAGUAUGGUGCAGAGGAGCCAGUCUGUACCUUUAAACAUUAUGAUGCAGAGUGAGAUGCUGCCGGUGCAGCAGAGUAACACCGCCAAAAUAACGAACGUUCUCCUCAGUAAGAUGGAGGCCGACGGGGAUGAGUCUGUUCGUGGCCUGGGCAUUAACAACCUUCCCUCCAACUACACUGCGCGCAUGAACCUCACACAGAUCCUUGAGACCACUCCUGCCUUCGCUGGAGCAGCUUCCCACCAGAGCCAGCUGCCUGUCAGCUCCAGCCCUGCUGCCUUCGAGCUCCAGCAGCACGGUUACCUCAGCACGGGCAGCGGAGAGACGGCCUUCUCAUCCGGGGAGGCCCAAGCACAAACGGGGCCGAGUGAGCCGGAGCCGCCCCCGCCGCUCCAGGACAGUCCCACACAGACACAGCUCCUCCUCCAGAGCACACCGCAGCAGGACGCGGAGGAUGAGCAGCAGCAGCUGGAUUUCAACAACACUGUCAAAGACCUGCUGGGAGAGGACGGCCUGAAUCCCAGCUCUCAGCUGGUGGGGCAGGUAGCGUCCGAGCUCAAUGCAGUAGCGUCGGAUUUCUCCAGUGACAUCAGGCUGCCCUCAGAUCUGUCCAGUAGCAUCACUGAUCUCAAUACGCUAGACACCAACCUGCUGUUUGACCCGAACCAGCAGCAGGAACAAUAUGAAGACUCGACACUGGAAGAACUGAAAAACGACCCGCUGUUUCAGCAGAUAUGCAGUGAUACUGUGAACUCUGGUUUUGACUGGCUUGAGAGCAAAGACCAGCCAACGACAGUAGAGAUGUUGGGCUAAGGAUCUUUAAUUCUAUGUUUGUUUGGUGCAUAUGUAGUAUAUCUGUUUUCUUAAGAAUAGUUUGUUGGGAUUUGUCUGGACUUUGCCAUUAGUUCUGUUCAUAGUGCCAGAGUCACCAGAAAAUAUCUACAACAUUUAGUUACUGCUCUACUUUUCAUUUGUCAGCCAGAAAAUCCUCCACAUCUUAAAAUGAAAACAUUUGAAGUAUCAUAAUUGUUUCUACAGCAACAUACAAGUGCAGGCAAGUAUGCUAUGAACAUUUAAGAGAAACAGAAUCUUCCAUGUUAUUUCAAAUCAAUAAUGCAAUAUUUGUGUUAAAUUGUUAUUUAAAUUUGUAAGUAGAGAAAUUGGCACAAUACGUCACCAAAAAUGUAUGCUAUACCUUGUGUUCAUUGUGUGCAGUAGUACAACUUUAAUCAAAUUAGGUUAAAGUUUAUGCACAGAAUAGCUGUAGUACAUUUGCCUGCCAUAUCUUAAUAUAAACGGUAGCAACUUUUGCUGCCAGGUGCUGAAUUUACAACAUAAUCUUUAUACUUUAUCAUAUACCAAAUCAGUGGAAAGCUGAUUUACAUCUAAGCAUUGUCCAAGUGUGACAUUUUCUUACUGUUUAAUAUCUUAAAGGGAGUAGAUGAAUCAGUAGGCAGAAGAUGGGAGUUUUAGGCCGCUUUGUGGACUAAUACAUUUAAAGGAAUCAACAACUGGCUGCCUUAUCCCCAAAGUCCAUGGCCUUAAACCAUCCAUAGAGAUUGACUGUAUAUAGUACAAUGUCAAAGUCUGAACCACCCAGAGCUUCAUCAUAUCAAGGCAGCUGUUGCUCUGUUGAUCUUUUCACUACUAUUUCUUGUUCUGUUUUCUUCUGCCGUGUUACCGUGUAAAUGUUUUUGUAUAGGUUGUGUGCCCUAAUGGAGAUUAAGGAAUUCAAUAUGCUCAUUAUUCACCCAACCAUGGAAGGCACACAUAGAGUCUUGAGAUUUCCUUUGGCAUGCUAGACUCCCAGCGCAGAUUAUAUUAUCAAUGGUAUGGAGAAGGCUUUAGUUGUAGGCUUUAGGCUGAAACCCUGUCAUCUGCAAAUCAAGAGGAAUCCAGCCUUAUAUCCAUACCAAAGAUGAUUUUUAAUACCAUAAGAGAUUAGUACAUCUGAGGAACAUAAAGAACAAUGGGACUGGGCUGCCUAUGAGAUAUUUAAGAGUUUAAUUAAUUAAGUUGCAUAAAUCUUAUGUACAGUAUGUAAAUUAGUGAAUCGGUCACUAUGAUUUAUAGGUAAUCGUGGACCUGAAAGCAUGUUGAAACCAUCACUGCUAGCCAGGUAGGCUCCGUGAUACAGUAGGAUGCUUGCUUGAGUUUUUGGCUAUCGUCAAUGUUGUAUAAGUCAUGUUUAAGCUCCAUUUGUAAAUAGAAUAGAUACAUAGAGAUUUGAUGUAUCAAGACACUAUAUUAUGGCCAUUAUUCUACCUAAUUAUGUGCCAUUUAAAAGAAAAAAUCAUAACAGAUCUAUAGUCGCAAGAUACUGUAUGUUGUGUGUUACAUUUUUGGCUCGAUGUGUUGUAACAGUAAUGCUGUCUGGUCUCGCUUGCUGAUUUUACUUUCUUUUUGUUUUCUAUUCAAAGAUAAUAGGUCUCUGCAGUUGCAGAAGUGAUGUUUUGCUUUGAGCAGGAUCAAUAGCAUGGUAUAUUGAGAAAAAAGUUGUGAUACUGUUAGCUGGUUCAGACAUCUCUGUGACAGACUUUGUGCUCGGAGCCUUUGAGCAGACACUGGAAAAUAACUAUUACUCAUGUUUCAACUCUGGAGGUUCACCUUUUUGCACUAAAUUUUUAUGACACAUGGCUUUGACACAUCUUAAUGGACAAAUGAAAUGAUGGAUGCCCGUAAAAAUGAAUAGAAAAUAUAUGGUGAGUAAGGAAAUUGUCAGUAAAUGACUAAUUGUCUUGUAGCAAAAUGUGCAUUAAUCUCAGUGAGAUACACAUUUCUUACUCAUUCUCAUACAUGAGAAUAUAAGCAUUGAGGGAAAAAGUUGAAAACCUUUUGAAACCUACAUGCUCAUUAUGUUGAUAAAUGAUUGUACGCACGCACGUGUGAUGAUUUCUGUUGUAUUUUGUAUUCUUGAUAACCACUGUCUUCUGUGAUUUGGGCAGGUUCUGUUAAACCAGACUGGCAGUGCUAGUUUCAUGAGUUACAUUACUUUUGUUGUGUGCUGUUUACUAAGUUAAUGUUCUUAACGUUAUGUUGAUGACUGUUUUGUUGUUUGUUUAUAUUUUACAUAUUUUGUUUUUGCAAAAAAAGCAUUUGUGAAGAAAUUUUACAUUGUUCUUAACUUUUCUUUUACAACAAGGCACUGAUUUUUGAAAUUUGGAUGAAGGAAUUGCACCUCUUAUGAGUACAAGAGCUCCAUCAAGCAGUGACUUUGAACUUUCCCUUUGACUGACCCAGAUCCAACUGUUUGACUGUCCAUUUCUACAGUAGAAGAACCCUCCUCUGUGAUGUUGUCUGGUGUACUGCUUAAUGUACAGUAGCUUGUUAAUAUUGCAAACGCGUUGUUUCUUUUUCAAUGGAAAGUACUCACUGGUGAGAUUUUUAAAGUGGUUUUAAAAGCCAAUAAACUUUUUUAAAGAAUGA